AUGUCUGUCACCGAAAUCACCAGCAAAGCCGACUUCCUACAAAAGGUCCUCGGUUCGGAAGACCCCGUCCUCCUUGACUGCUACGCCGAAUGGUGCUCACACUGCAAAGCCAUUGCACCCAAGAUUGAAGAAUUCAGCAAAAUCUACCCCCAGGUCAAAUUCUACCAGGUGGAUGUCGAUAAGGUCGAGGAUGUCGGACAGGAGCUAGGCGUGCGGGCGAAGCCUACAUUCAUGCUAUUCAAGGGCGGAGAAAAGAUCACCGAGGUUGUUGGAGCUCACGUGGUCCUCAUUGAGGAGGGAAUCAAAACUCAUCUUCUCUGA